AUGUUGGAAUACGAAAAUCAAAUGUUUUUAGAAAUACUCCAUGAAGAUGGAUUAGUUAUUACUGCAAAGGGACUUAGUCUGGAAACUGUGUUUGCAAAUAUAAUAAGGGCUUACUUAGACCCAGGAAACCUGGUUAUAGUUUUAGGUACUAUAAGCCAUGAUGAACAGUAUUUCAUUGAUCUCUUGAAAAGCUAUGGACUUAAACAUUUACCUCGUAUUAUAACUUCCGAGUGUUCUUCUGCUGAAAGAGAAAUAUUGUACUUGGAAGGAGGAGUGUUAUUUAUGUCAGGUCCAAUUCUUGUAGUAGAUUUAUUAAAAAAAAGAGUUCCACUGAAUUUAGUUACUGGAAUUCUUGUCUAUAGAGCACAUAAUAUUUUAAAUGCAUAUCAACAAUCGUUUGCUCUUCGUUUAUAUAGACAGAACAAUAAAGCCGGUUUUAUUAAAGCCUUCACCAAUUCAGCAUUGGCAUUCACUGUUGGAUUUAUGCAAGUAGAACGAGUGAUGAAAGCUUUAUUUGUCAAAAAAUUAUAUUUAUGGCCGCGUUUCCAUUCGCUUGUAAAUAAUACUCUAGAAAAACAUAAGCCUGAUGUCAUUGAACUACAUGUAAAAAUUACGCCAAAAAUGUUGAACAUUCAAACUUCUUUACUCGAUAUAAUGAAUUUCGUCAUAAAGGAACUUAAAAGGCUUAAUAUAGAUACCUUAUUCAAAAAUGCAAAAGAAAGAGUUUAUAAUGAUAAAAAUGAAUUAAAACCUGAAGCUAAUCCAAAAUGGACUGCUUUAACAGAAGUAUUACUUGAAAUUGAUAAUGAUAAUAAAAAGAAAGCAGAUAGAAAUGUUGAAAAAAUUUUUAUUUUAGUGCAUAAUCGUAAUAUUUGUUAUCAGUUAAGAAAUUGUUUAACUAUGGGUUGCAGUGAAUAUUUACUUUAUGAAGCAAUGAAAAAACUUUCUCAUAAAGAAGUACAAAAGCUGAGUGACAACAAUAUAGAAAAAGAGUCUUCAUCUGUUAAAAAGGAUGAUGAUGAUGAUGAUGUAAAUGCAGAGCAAGAUUCUUAUGUAUUAACAUUAUCUCAAAAAGUUAGAGAAGAAAGUCAAUCUAGUUCAUCAGUUAAUGAAGAUAAACAUCAGACUUUUUUUGAAGACUGUUCACAGAUGGCUGAAUUAGAUUUAACUAAUAUGAACACAAACUCUCCGGUUAUUUUGAUACAAUCUUUAAAAAAAGAUGGAGAUCCAAUGGCAUUGCAACGGGCUUUGAAUGAACAUAUGCCAAAUAAUAUCAUUAUGUAUGUGGCGGAUAUUUCUGCUGUACGGCAGAUUGAAAUUUAUCAAAACAACAAUCCAUCAAUAGAUUUAAAAGUAUACUUCUUAAUUUAUGGAGGUUCUGUGGAAGAACAAGAAUAUCUUACAUCUUUAAGGCGGGAGAAAGAAGCGUUUCAUACACUGAUUAAUGCUAAAACUACGAUGGUUAUACCUGAUGACCAAGAUGGAAAAACUGAAGAUUGCUUAAGUCUUCAAGUACAGUCAGAUACCGACUCUGAAGCAAAUACACGUAAAGGUGGAUUACGAGUACAACUUGAUGUUUCAGAUACUGUUAUAGUUGAUAUGAGAGAAUUCAGAAGUGAACUACCUGCUAUACUUUAUACACGGGGCAUGAAAAUCGAACCUAUAACUUUGCAGGUGGGCGAUUAUAUUUUAUCACCAGACAUUUGCGUUGAAAGAAAAAGUAUCUCUGAUUUAAUUGGUUCUUUAAAUAGUGGAAGAUUGUAUAAUCAAGCCAUUGCCAUGACAAGACAUUAUAGCAAACCAAUGCUGUUAAUAGAAUUUGAUCCAAAUAAACCAUUCUGUUUCCAAGGCCAUUAUUAUGCUAGUAAAGACAUACAAAAUAUGUUUAUUACUUCAAAACUUCAACUUUUGACUUUACAUUUUCCUCGGUUAAAGCUUGUAUGGUCACCUGGACCACAUGCAACAGCACAGUUAUUCGAGGAAUUAAAGCAAGGAAAAGAUCAACCAGAUGCAACCACAGCUGCUCAAAUUGGAUUUGAAGAAAAUAAAGAGAUGACAGUAGAAAAAUAUAAUCCCCAUAUUCAAGAUUUGGUUGCUAAAUUACCAGGAGUUACUACCAAAAAUUUACACAUGAUAUUAAAUAAAGGACAAUCGUUAGAUCAUCUUAACAAACUUACUAAAGAAGAACUUACGGAAAUGCUUGGAAAUAAAAAUGAUGCACAAAUGUUUUACAGUGCAUUUCAUGACAAAUGUGCUAUAAGUGAACAAAAGUCAAACACAAGUAGUAAAAAACCUGCGUCUAAAGGUCGUGGAAAAAGACUGUUUACUAAAAUUAAAAAGUAA